AACAUAAUAUUUGUUGAUGGCAACAUUUUUGUUUUGCUGUUUCCUUUUCCGUUUCUAUUCCGCUUUGGUGUGCGUCGAUUUAUCUUGUUAAAUUAAUAAAUAAAACAUUUUAAAGAUUUCAAACGUUUUUAUGUUCUUUCCCGAACAUAAAAUUGGUGCCGAAACCCGGGAACAUAUAAAUAUAAUCUCAAAUUUAGUAAAAAACACAAAAUUGUUAAAAAAUAAAAAUCCGACGCCGUGCCGUGCCGCCAUUUUUGACGCCAUUCAAGGAAAAGCUUUAUAAAACACGCAUACCAACAAUUCGGGAAGCCAAGGCAAUAUUAUAAUUAUAAAAUGGCGCAUAAAUCUGCGAUUUCAAAUGAUCCAGCAUUCCAGAGAACCAAACUAAUAGCCCAAAUUGGACAAUUUAAAGGGCAGCUAACAAGGGCGCAAAAAUUCGCCAUGGAACAACAAGAACAAGUACUCGUCGAUUGCGAAUCCAUCGAGCUACGAAUUAAAGGUCUCCAAGAUUCGCUGGUUUCUUAUAGAAGCCACAAAUUGAGUUUGCAGCUUCUAGAUGAUAAAAUUGACGACUCUAAUUUUGAGGAGGAUGACUUAGAAGAACUGUGCUUAUUUACAAUAAGCAGCAUGAAGAAAAUAUUAAAUUCUGCGAAGGGGCCUGAAAACCACAAUAGCACGAUUUUUAAGGAUACCACGCCGGAGUAUAGCGCCAUGACCAGGAAGUUACCUCAGCUUGAAAUACCAUACUACGAUGGAAAGGAUGUGGUGCAGUACAAAACCUUCAUGGAUAUGUUUAUGGCAGUAAUCGGUGGUGAUACUAACCUUGCUCCUAUACAAAAGCUAUUCUAUUUAAGAAAAUAUUUGAAGGGAGAUGCGCUAAUGCUGGUUGAAGGUCUACCUCUAGUAAAUAGCUCUUAUGAUGAUGCAUUAAGGUUGCUAAAUAAUAGAUAUGACAAUAAAUGUAUUCUAGUAACUCAUCAUAUUAAUAAGCUGCUAGACAUACAAGCAAUCUCUAAAGGUACUGCGCAGAACUUAAGACAGUUUGUUUCAUCAGCUCGUCAACUACUAGGAGCUUUAAAUGGGCUUGGUCAAAAGACGGAGCAUUGGGACAUGAUAGUUAUUACCAUUUUAAUGAGAAAGUUAGAUUCUUAUUCUUGCAGGGCUUACUUUACAGAUAGAAACCAAGAUGCCUUACCAACCUUGGAUGAUUUUUUCAAGUUUGUGGAGAAGAGAGCUUUGAGUUUUGAAGAAAGUCAGCAUUCAGAAGCUUCAAACUGUUACAUAUGGUGUCAGGAGUUCCAGUUUUCUCGCCACGCGAUGCCUGGUUGAGCUAGCAAUAAGGUAUGGAGACAAAUAUCCAUUAGCAGCCAGCGUGUUGUUGAAUAAUACCUAUGUCGAUGAUUG